AUGCCGCCUCGAUCCUCUUUGACCUCUCAAUUCUCAAUCGCUGACUCGAAUAAUGAAGUCGUCUGUCCCUUGCGGAAUCAAGAUGGCUCCAGUUGUAGAAAGCGCUGUAUCGGCGAGAAGAGGUAUCGCUCGAUGCAGGAGCAUAUCCGCAGAGCUCACCCAGAGCAUUAUAUCCAGAAGCUCCCCGCCACCGAGGAGAGCUUCCUCCUCAUGAUCAACACCGACCCUUCGACCCGCCUCCCACAGCAACCCCAUCAUCAAUCCAAUCCCAAUCCAACCUCAGCUCCUUCGGGUGCGUACCCACCAAUCCCAGGGUUUGGCACUCCCCCAGUGGUUGACCGUCUGCAAGGUUUUCACCAUGACCGACAAACCUACGACUCCAGUAACCCGCCCACGCCUCGACACCCGGACGACUAUACGGCGGCGUCGUUAUUACCGGCUGCGAGUGCGGCCGCUGCAUUAGCCCAACUUCACGGCCACAGAGUCGAACAGGAUUGGGAACCAGACCAUGAUUGGGCCUCUGAGGCCGAAGGACGUCGAAUACCUCGCUCCUCAAUCGAACUACCCCCAAUACACAUGUCUCCGAACGACAUCACAAGCGAUCCGUUCCCGCCAAUGAACUCCAAUCGGCCCCGCGACAUCCUGCCCUCGAUACUGGCCAACUCACCACCAGGCCGCUCGUCUACGCUGCCGCCCAUCCAGCGUUCCGUGGGGCCCAACCGGCCGAGAAAGCAAUCUGUGACGAAGCGGGGCCGAGAAGCGCACCACAAGAAACAAAAGUCGCGCGGCUCGGCCAACGACUGGCUGCGUCGUAUUCAAAACGACGAGCGCAUGAGACCGGGUGGUCAGGAUCGCAAGGCCUUGUCAGCGGAACCCUCGGCCGACUAUGGCAAGAGAUGGGAAGACCUCAUUGACGCUGCUGACCAAGCUGCUUCGGCUGCCGGUGACGUAGACGAGGAUCGUACGCCGGUUCCACAGUCACCUGUUUCCAUACCGAGGGCCUCCCUGCCUCCAUUCCAGCACGCCUUCCGCCAAGACAAUUACCAAGCUUCUCCGCUUCAGCAGGCCUUGACCCCACCGUCGCACAACCAAGACACCAUUGAGCCGUUCCCGUCGGUAGAGAGUGGUGAAAGCGGCGAGAACUUCCACAUUGACCCUCGUGGCCUCUCGGACUCGUCCACGAAUUUCUCCUCGCAAAACACAGAGAUCUACUGUGCGGCAUGCCAGAGCAUCUCGAAGCUGAAAGAAUCGUAUGCGUGCACGGAGUGCAUAUGCGGUCUCUGCCAAGCAUGCGUCGACGUCCUCAUGGCCGAACAGGGAGCUCGGAGAAAGUGCCCUCGUUGCGCGACAAUAGGGGGCAGAUUCAAGCCUUUCCAGUUGGAUAUCAGAUGA